UCUUUUCCCCCUUGGCGCUGCGCUGCCGCCCCACGACCAAACAACAGCCGCCGCUGCAGCGCCGCCCGCACACGCGCGCGCAGAUACCUUUCCUCUCCCCCGUCUUCUCCUCCCCUCUUCGCCCCUUCCGCCUCGGCCGGAACCCGGCGGCCGGCCGGACCGCGCCCGCGCCAUGACCAGCUCCUCCUCGUCCCCUUCCCGGAAGGCGCUGAGCAAGAUCGCGUGCAGCCGCCUGCAGAAGGAGCUCUCGGAGUGGCAGGUCAACCCGCCCGCCGGCUUCAAGCACAGGGUCACCGACAACCUGCAGAGGUGGGUCAUCGAUGUGGCUGGGGCGCCAGGCACCCUCUACACUGGCGAGACGUACCAGCUGCAGGUGGACUUCCCCGAGCAUUAUCCCAUGGAGGCACCUCAGGUUAUAUUUCUGCACCCGGCACCAAUGCAUCCACACAUCUACAGCAAUGGGCACAUCUGUUUAGAUAUAUUGUAUGACUCAUGGUCCCCAGCAAUGACGGUCAGUUCUGUCUGUAUCAGCAUCUUGUCUAUGUUGUCAAGCUCGCCCGCAAAGCAACGCCCAGCCGAUAAUGAUCGCUAUGUCAGGAACUGCCGCAACGGUAGGUCCCCGAAGGAGACUAGGUGGUGGUUCCAUGACGACACGGUGUGAUGGGUGUUCCAUUGGUGUUUCCUUUUGGCAGCAGCCCCUUCAGUUGCCAGACUACCUUACAUGGGAGAUGAUUUAGGCUUAAUUUCAAGCAACCCAUUUGACUAGAAAUUAACAUGCCCUUGGGGUUUGUAAAUGAAUGUGCAUCAGCGACAGUUGCUGUAAUUGUUAAUCCUUACACCUUCGAUGAUGAUAUAUAGAAUAAUGUUUGUUGUCAUUUUACGGAACAGACACGAAAUGCAACUCAAGUUGAUUUUUUUACUUGCUGGA